AUGUUUGGAUGGUUGCGAGAUACACUUACCAAUGCUCGAUCAUCGUUUGAACAUCAUCAUUCAAUCACACCUUCCUCCUUUUUUCAUCAACAAAAACAAAAGCAAAAAGAACGAACUUCUUCCGACGAUGAUGAAUUAAAUCAAUCAAAAGAUAAUUCAUUUUAUCAUAAUCCUUAUCAAUCAAGUGGACAAAUGAAUUAUAUUGAUGUUCCGCAACAACAAUAUACUAAUGAACAUACGUAUCCAACUUAUCUUGCAAAACAACAAAUAUCCGAUUCAACAAAUCAAACACUUGAUGAUCAGAUUCAUACGAAAUUAUUAUCGCUACAACAACGUUCAAAUCAAUAUCAAUCUUACGCUCAUAGACAAAAUAAUUAUGCACAUAGAAAUAGGUCUAUAAUAACAACAACUCCAUCUUCAACACUUCAUUCUUCAUUAAUUCUUAAUCGAAACGAACAAAAGAGAAGAAGCAAUGAAGAACGAUCUGAUGAUGAUGAUGAAGACGAUGAUGAUGAUGAUGAUGAUGAAGAAGAAGAAGAAGAAAAUGAUGGUGAUGCUGAUAAUGGUGACGAUAAUGAUCAUCAUCAUACUAAUGAUGACAGAAGAUCGUCAUCGAUUGAAAAUAAUCUUGGCACUGCAGGCUACUAUUCCGGUCAAUAUGUCAAUAUUGAUGAACAAUUUGAUUUAGCAUCCGUUGUUUUAUGGUACAAAAAUGUCAUGCAAUCUGUUAAAAGAUUCCUUCCAACUGGUCACAAUUAUAUUCAUUCUGAAAAAGAUGAAUAUCAUAAUCAUCAUUAUUCCAUAAGUAGUAAGAAUUCAAUGCUAUCAAGAAACACUAACCAAGAAAAUAUUUUAUCAAAUAAUGGAAAUGAACAAGUAGCUAUUCCAUUAUCAUCGUCAAAAGUAAAAUGGAUUGAUGCUGUACGAACAGUAACACAGUUAAAUCAAGUAAGAAAAAGAAAUAGAAAUAAAUGUUGA